AUGAAGGAAUCCAAGUCCUGGACGAUCUUGUUCUUGAGCUCGGGAUCCAGCGCCAGGCUCGAGAACGUCGAGGCAUGCUUGAAAGGCACCGAUCUCCACGGCUGGUUCCUGUAGUCGUCCGAUUUUCCUAUGUUGGUGUAGAGCUGCCGGUCCUGGUUCUGGCGCUUCAAGCUCUCUCCGAGCUUGAUCACUUCCCUCAUGUACUCAGCGAGAGGAUCAUCAUCUUUACGACAAAUCACAAGGAAGAUCUGGAUCCCGCACUGCUGCGGUCGGGCAGGAUGGACCUUCACAUUUUGAUGGGCUACUGUGGAUUUGAGGCGUUCAAGGUGCUGGCGUGGACUCACCUUGAGAUCUCGCAGAAGGGCGAGUUUGAGAAGGAGUUUGGAGAGAUCGAGGAGCUGAUCGCCAAGGUUGAGAUCACUCCUGCUGAUAUCGCGGAGGCGUUGAUCCAGAACAGGGGGAACUCGAGAGGGGCUCUAGAGAAAGUGAUUGAGGCUCUUCGAGAUCGAAUGGAGCAGGGUGCGAAGAAAGAAGAAGAGGGGGAAUGCGAUGCUUACGGCAUAGCUCAUUUGACCGCUGAGGACAUCGACAUGGGUGCUCAGUAUGAGAGCUUGAUGAUUGCAAGCAGACAAGAGCAGCAAAGUUUUCCAUCGAUAGCAGCCGUGAAAGCCAUGUCGGAAGCUGUUAACACGCCCAUCAUGGAAGUGUGA